AUGGCUACAUCGAUGCUUACAAGAAAGUUCCGUUCGACGGACGCAGAUAAUCAGGCAGAGCCGGGAUGGCUGAAGCGACAGGUCACCGGCGGCCUGCAGGCCAUCUCGCGCCAGGCCUGCCUUCACCCAAUUCAUACAAUUGUGGUCAUUGCCCUUAUGGCGAGUACCACUUACGUCGGCCUUUUGGAAGGAAGUCUCUUCGAUACUGUUAGAAACCCGAAAGAUGUUGCUGGUCAGGUUGAUGUCGACACCCUGCUCCAGGGUAGUCGGAGUCUCCGCUUGGGAGAGAGUACCUCUUGGAAAUGGGAAGUGGAGGAUGCUUCGACACCCAACGAUGACACGGUCGCUCAGCACCUCGCGUUGACAACAUUGAUUUUCCCGGACUCCACGUCAAAGUCGGCUUCUUCCGCCCCCGUUGCGGACGAAAUCCUGGUGCCUGCCAAUGCCUCCGCCCAAUCGGUUCCCUACACUCCCAACUUCUUCUCCCCCUUCUCGCACGACUCAUACCUCGCCUUCACCGUGCCAUUUGAGCAGACACCACAAUUCCUCAAGUCGGUUCAGGAGAUUCCAGAAUCCUCCGUGGAAGAAGAUGCCGUGGAGCAAAAGAGAUGGAUCAUGAAAGCUGCCCGCGGUCCUGCCUAUGGAUCCGGCAGCGCCAUUAAGCUCUGGGUGGUUGAUGCUUGGAGUUCAUUCGUGGACUUGAUCAAGCAUGCCGAGACAAUCGACAUUGUGAUCAUGACCCUCGGAUAUGCUUCGAUGCAUCUGAGUUUCGUCUCCUUGUUCUUCUCUAUGAGACGCCUGGGUUCAAACUUCUGGUUGGCUGCCACAGUUCUUCUCUCUGGCAUGUUUGCCUUUUUGUUCGGCCUUCUGGUCACAACAAAGCUCGGUGUCCCGAUCAAUGUACUUCUCCUGUCGGAAGGACUUCCCUUCCUCGUUGUCACAAUUGGCUUUGAGAAGCCCAUUAUUCUCACCCGGGCUGUGCUCAACGAAGCGGUAGGCAGCAAGCGCCAAGGCGGCGCUGGCAAAUCUGCAUCCACCUCGCCCAAGUCCAUCCAAGACUCGAUUCAAACUGCGAUCAAGGAGCAGGGAUUCGAGAUUAUUCGCGACUACUGCAUCGAGAUUGCCAUCCUUACCGCUGGUGCUGCCUCUGGAGUUCAGGGUGGUCUGAGACAGUUCUGUUUCCUUGCAGCCUGGAUCCUCGUAUUUGACUGUCUCCUCCUCUUCACUCUCUACACUACUAUUCUUUGCAUUAAGCUCGAGAUCAACCGCAUCAAGCGCCAUGUUGCCCUCCGCAAGGCCUUGGAAGAGGAUGGCAUUACUCACAGUGUCGCUGAAAGCGUGGCCGCGAGCAACGACUGGCCGCAGGCCGGAUCCGAACCUAAUGACAGUGAUGCUAGCAUUUUCGGACGUAAGAUCAAGUCUAGCAGUGUGCGGAGAUUUAAGGUCCUGAUGGUCGGUGGCCUCGUCUUGAUCAACUUGGUGAACCUGUCUGCUAUCCCCGUCCGGAACAUCGGCUUCCCCUUCCUGUCUGCUGGUUCCAAUGUUCUCGCGCCCACCCCGAUUGAUCCCUUCAAGGUUGCCGAGAAUGGCUUGGAUUCUGUCUACGUGUCUGCCAAGAGUCAAAUGAAGGAAACUGUCGUGACUGUUAUUCCUCCGAUCAAGUACCACUUGGAAUACCCCUCCGUGCACUACGCUUCCCCUAACGACAACGCACCCUUUGACAUCGAGUACACCGAUCAAUUUUUGGAUGCCGUUGGCGGCCGGGUCAUUGAAAGUCUCUUGAAGAGCCUCGAGGACCCAAUCCUCAGCAAGUGGAUCAUCGCUGCCCUGACCCUGAGUAUCGUGUUGAACGGCUAUCUUUUCAAUGCUGCCCGAUGGGGUAUCAAGGAGCCCGAGGCUGCCCCCGCUGCCCCGAAGGUAACUGUUGUCGAACCGAAGAAGGUUUACCCCAAGGUCGACUUGAACGGUGGCCCCAAGCGAUCCGCUGAGGAAUGUGAAGUCAUGCUGAAGGAAAAACGAGCUCCCCACCUGUCUGAUGAGGAACUGGUCGAGCUUUCCCUGCGUGGAAAGAUCCCUGGAUAUGCUUUGGAAAAGACAAUGGAAGAUGAGGACCUCAUGAGCCGCGUUGAUGCCUUCACCAGAGCCGUCAAGAUUCGACGAUCGGUUGUGUCUAGAACUCCUGCUACUUCUUUGGUCACAAGCUCUUUGGAAGACUCCAAGCUCCCAUACAAGGACUACAACUACGGACUUGUUCACGGUGCUUGCUGCGAAAAUGUCAUUGGUUACUUGCCCCUCCCUCUGGGUGUCGCUGGUCCUCUGAAGAUUGACGGACAACACUACUUUAUCCCUAUGGCUACAACUGAAGGUGUGCUUGUUGCUAGUGCCAGUCGAGGCGCCAAGGCUAUUAACGCUGGCGGCGGUGCUGUCACUGUCCUGACUGGCGAUGGUAUGACUCGUGGUCCUUGCGUUGGUUUCCCUACUCUUGCUCGGGCUGCCGCUGCAAAGGUCUGGAUCGAUUCCGAAGAAGGCCGGAACAUCAUGAAGACGGCAUUCAACUCCACUAGUCGCUUCGCUCGUCUUCAGGAACUCAAGACUGCUCUUGCUGGCACCUACUUGUACAUUCGGUUCAAGACUACAACUGGUGAUGCUAUGGGUAUGAACAUGAUUUCGAAGGGUGUUGAGAAGGCUCUCCACAUCAUGUCCACUGAAUGUGGCUUCGAUGAUAUGGCUACAAUUUCUGUUUCUGGAAACUUCUGUACCGACAAGAAGUCUGCUGCCCUCAACUGGAUCGAUGGCCGUGGCAAAUCUAUUGUUGCGGAGGCCAUCAUCCCUGGUGAGGUUGUCCGAAGUGUGCUUAAGAGUGAUGUCAACGCCCUGGUCGAGCUGAACACCAGCAAGAACUUGAUUGGUAGCGCAAUGUCUGGCAGCUUGGGUGGAUUCAACGCACAUGCAUCCAACAUUGUUACCGCUAUCUUCCUGGCAACGGGUCAGGAUCCCGCGCAGAACGUCGAGAGCAGCAGCUGCAUCACGACAAUGAGAAACAUCAACGACAACCUCCAGAUUGCAGUAUCCAUGCCCUCGAUCGAAGUCGGAACUAUUGGUGGUGGUACAAUUCUUGAAGGACAAUCCGCCAUGCUUGAGAUGCUUGGUGUCCGUGGUUCUCACCCAACCAACCCCGGUGACAAUGCUCGUCAGCUCGCCCGUAUUGUUGGCGCUGCAGUGCUUGCUGGAGAGCUGAGCUUGUGCUCUGCACUUGCCGCCGGCCACCUUGUCCGGGCACACAUGGCACACAACCGCAGUGCGGCUCCCAGUGCGGCCCCUACACGAUCCGCAACCCCUGUUUCAGCCGCUGUUGGUGCUACACGCAAGUUGGCCUCCAAAUAA